CUAGAUUGGUGAUUGAUUAGUCUCCAACUUUUUUCCUUUUCUUUUUUGUUUUUUUUUUCGUUUUGGAAAAAUUGAGUUUUUUUUUUUUUCCCUUUCUCGGCGCGUGGAAAGCCUUUGCGAGAGAGUAGGAGUAGGAAAUAGAAGAAACAAGUGAUUGCAGAGUAAAAUCGAAUUGCGAUGGAGCUGAAGGAGAUUCAGAGACUCGAAGGUCACACAGAUAGGGUUUGGAGCUUGGAUUGGAACCCGGCCACCGGUCAUUCCGGUAUCCCACUCGUCUUUGCUUCUUGCAGCGGCGAUAAAACCGUCCGAAUCUGGGAGCAGAACCUCUCCUCUGCCCUCUGGUCCUGCAAGGCGGUUUUGGAUGAAACGCACACUCGAACUGUUCGAUCUUGUGCUUGGUCACCGAACGGGAAGCUAUUGGCUACUGCAAGCUUUGAUGCCACCACUGCUAUAUGGGAAAAUGUUGGUGGUGAUUUUGAGUGUGUAUCAACUUUGGAGGGACAUGAAAAUGAGGUCAAGAGUGUAUCUUGGAAUGCAUCUGGAACUUUGCUUGCAACUUGUAGUAGAGAUAAAUCUGUUUGGAUAUGGGAAGUGCAGCCAGGCAAUGAGUUUGAGUGUGUGUCGGUGCUGCAAGGACAUGCCCAGGAUGUCAAAAUGGUGAAGUGGCAUCCCACGGAGGAUAUCUUAUUUUCAUGUAGCUAUGAUAAUAAUGUUAAGGUUUGGGCAGAUGAAGGUGACGACGAUUGGCAGUGUGUUCAAACUCUUGGAGAACCCAAUAAUGGUCAUACUUCUACUGUUUGGGCCCUCUCCUUCAAUGCUAGUGGAGACAAAAUGGUUACCUGUUGUGAUGAUCUUACCCUGAAGGUAUGGGAAACAGAAAACAUAGAGAAGCAAUCUGGUGGUGGAUUUGCAUCUUGGAGACAUCUUUGCACUCUUACAGGGUAUCAUGAUCGGACGAUUUUCUCAGUUCAUUGGUCAAGAGAAGGUAUCUUUGCCAGUGGAGCUGCUGAUGAUGCCAUACGGCUUUUUGUGGAUGACGAUGAAAGCCAGGCUGGUGGUCCUCUGUACAAGUUGAUGCUGAAGAAGGAAAAGGCCCAUGACAUGGAUAUAAAUUCUGUGCAGUGGAGCCCUGGGGAGAAGCCGCUACUAGCCUCUGCAAGCGAUGAUGGGACAAUCAAGGUGUGGGAGCUGGUAUCACAGUGGUGAUACGACUUUUGCACAUUUGCUGUAUCAGUAGCAGUAAUUUAUACUGGUGGAGUAUAAUAGUAGAAAUGCUAGAUAUGCAGGCAUCCUUAUAUUCUUUUUCUUUUCUCUUAAAUAUAUUUAUUAAUAAUUUAAAACAGAUAUGUAAUGUUGUAUUUUUUAGGGAAGUCAGGAGUGUGACUGUAAAUCGUAAUUACCGUCAACUAAACUUUACAUUUUUGUUCAAGAAUUGCUCAAAAAAUUACUU